GCCACCGUAGAGGGCGUCGGGCGGCCGCCGGGACGGAAGCCGAGAGGCGCUGCCGACCGCGCCUGCGACAGCGUCAGCCCUGCGCGGAGCGCCGGCCCGAUGGCGGCGGCUGCGAUGGCCGAGCAGGAGAGCGCCCGGAACGGCGCCCGGAACCGCGGCGGCGUCCAGCGCGUGGAGGGCAAGCUGCGCGCCAGCGUCGAGAAGGGCGACUACUACGAGGCGCACCAGAUGUACCGGACCCUCUUCUUCAGGUACAUGUCACAGAACAAGCACGCGGAGGCCCGGGAGCUCAUGUGCUCAGGAGCGCUGCUGUUCUUCAGCCAUGGCCAGCAAAACAGUGCUGCAGACUUGUCCAUGCUGGUCUUAGAGUCGCUGGAGAAGGCAGACGUCGAGGUGGCCGAUGAGCUCUUGGAAAAUCUGGCUAAACUGUUCAGUUUGAUGGAUCCAAAUUCUCCGGAGCGAGUGGCCUUUGUGUCUAGAGCCCUGAAGUGGUCCAGUGGAGGAUCCGGGAAACUGGGCCACCCCCGGCUCCACCAGCUGCUGGCCCUCACCCUGUGGAAAGAACAAAAUUAUUGUGAAUCUCGAUAUCACUUCCUGCACUCCACUGACGGUGAAGGCUGUGCCAACAUGCUGGUGGAAUAUUCCACCUCGAGGGGAUUCCGCAGCGAGGUGGACAUGUUUGUGGCCCAGGCUGUCCUACAGUUUCUCUGUUUAAAAAAUAAAAGCAGUGCGUCGGUGGUGUUCACAACCUACACACAGAAGCACCCGUCAAUUGAGAACGGCCCUCCAUUUGUGCAGCCCCUACUUAAUUUCAUCUGGUUUCUGUUGUUGGCCGUAGAUGGAGGCAAACUGACAGUGUUCACAGUGUUGUGUGAGCAGUACCAGCCGUCCCUCCGGCGGGACCCAAUGUACAACGAGUACCUCGACAGGAUAGGACAGCUCUUCUUUGGCGUGCCACCCAAGCAGACGUCUUCCUACGGAGGCUUGCUAGGAAACCUUCUGAGCAGCCUCAUGGGCUCCUCGGAGCAGGAGGGCGAGGACAGUCAGGACGACAGCAGCCCCAUUGAGCUGGACUGACGCCGCCUGUUGGACCUGCAUGGAGACGCCCUUGACCGCGAGUCCUGGGACGUGGGUCCUCACACCCGGCGGGCUCCCGGUUCUGAGGCUGCGGUGGCUGCGUGUUGGCAUCUCUCUCUCUCUGCGCGGGCCGCGGGGCCAUGCUGUGGCCUGUGUGGCCGUGCUGGCUGGGCUGCACCGUGCAACUUCAGAUCGACCCACAAUAAAGCUGAGCCUGGCCGCGCCUGCACCCU